AACAAGCGAAUUCCCGACAAGCCCCUUAACUUCCUGUCGUCUCCCCCGCUCCUCUCCCGCGCCGGAGCUCCCCUGCUCGGCUCCCCCGCGCGUAGCCGAAGCUCCUCCGCCCGACGCCUCCCCCACAGCUUCCCUCUCCUUGUCCCCUCCCCCUUCCUCAUGGUGAUCCAAGGCGAGGAGAAGGCUCGAUUUUUCUUCCGACGGCGGCGGCCUUCUCUGAGUUCGAUUCUCUCCAAACCCUCGUCCUCGGCGCCAUGGCGGCGGCGGCCGUUUCCGGGUCGUCCUCCUCCUCGGUGCUUCGGUAGCAGCUCGCCCGCGGCGGCGGCAGGAGCGAGCAGCAGCAGUGGCCGCGCGAGUAUGCAGCGAAGGAGGUCACCUUUGGCGUCGGCGCGCACGCCGCCAUGCUGCGCCGGAAGCCCUGUCUCGCAUGCGUGGUCGGUGUUGCAACAGCCGCUUCUCCUUUGCCAUGGGUGAUUUUUUGCUAUGCUAGUCGUCCCCCCCCCCUUCUAUUUUCCCAUGUUUCUUCUGCUUUAGUUUCCCAUGUGUUCUUGUCAGUCUCUUAGGUGAUGUAAUGUGGGUUUGAUUUUGCUGGUGCUUGCAGAUUUCUUCAGGGGUCGGAGGCCAACCACCACAUGGCAAUAGUCUGAAGACUGCAUUUGAAAUAUGCCUUCAACAUAGUUAACUACCUUGCUAAACUUGUCAUGUUGUGUGUAGAUACUGCCCCCGUGCUUGGCAAACUUGUCAUGAGGCAUCCUUUUGUUGCCUUUCCUACUGUUGACAAGACCAGGGUGACCAUCAGGGAGCAGAAGGAGGUCACCGUCCAGCUAAUUAACUACACCAAGAGCGGGAAGAAGUUCUGGAACUUGUUUUACCUGCAGCCUAUGUGGGUUCAGAAGGUAGCGAAAUGUUAUUGAAAUGCUGAAUUUGUUUUGGAGCUUGCAGACUUUGAAGACAUGAGCUGCGAAAUGAUAUAUGGUCAGGUGCCCCCACCAGUGGAAGAAGAUCCAGUGUCGAAACAACCCUGCUAUCCCAGCCUCUGUUCCAUAUCGACGCCCUCCGCUGCAAUAUGUCCCAAAAUUCAGAACUAGUCUUCUGCAAGCGCUCACAAGGGUUUUGAUACAAAAUUGUGCAUGGUGCCAUGGUAUCGGAUAGGCCAGAAUUUCAACAGGGACAAUAGAUAAUGCAUCGGAUUUCAGGGCAGGGGCGCCGGUACCUUUCACGAGUAGCAGAGCCGGAGUCGUCUGGACGAAGAAGUAGAAGAUCGGGGGCUGCCUGUACGAAGAUCGGGAGCUGCACCACCACUAACAGAAGCAGCAGAGUCAGAGGAAGACGGCAACAGCAGAAGAGGACGGAGUGGCGGAAUACAGCGCGCCGUCAGCCGUGGAGCCGCCGCCCGUCGAGGUGCGCGCAGGUAAGCAGGGGCGGCGCAAAUUGGCAGCCGCGGCUCAGGUGGGCCUUCGUCGCCGGCUGAACACCACGGUGGCUGGGGCGUGCGGUGCAGCGGCGAGGGAGGUGGAAGAAGCAGACGGUUGCUUCGAGUUGGAUUAGGAGCCGGGAAAGGAAAGAGUUGCAGUGUUGCCCGGCGAGGGUCUCAAACUCUCAAUUCAUGCUUAAUUAAGCUUUGGCGCGAAGCUUCAAAUGCACGCAAGCAAAUCCGAUUUUCUCACGGAUCACAUCACAUACGCAUCCACGGUUUGGAAUCGGCCUGAGCUCAUCAAUAAAAGGGAAGGCAGCCAACCUGCUGCCUUUGCCCUCGCCUCGCUCUGACUUCUCUUCUCGCACUUCCGAUCUUCCCCAUCGUCUCCUUCACCAAUCACCAGCCCUUACCCAGCGAAGCGACCGGCGUCCCCUGUUCCCUUCCCAUGGAGAUUGCCUACCCCUACGGCGGGGAGCUCACCAGGAAGCACGGCUCCGUGACAGGCCAGCCGUUUGCCGCCAAGAUCGACAUCAUGUCCGGCCAGAAGCGCGCGAGGGAGAUGCAGAUCCUUCGGCAGCGGUUCCAAGCAGAGCUCGUCGCCGUCCGUGGCCUCCUCCACAAGGCGGCCGCCGUGCUAAUUCCCGCCUCGUCCCCGUUGGCUCCCCGCGUUAAGGAGAGUCGUCCAGGGUUCUUGGCCGAGGAGCCGCCGGCCAAGAAGAGGAAGGCGUCUCCUCCCGUUCCUGUGAUCAAUCGCAAGAAGGCGCCAACGAAGAAGAAGAUGACGGCCUCUGAGAGGGAGAUGCUCGCGGAAGACCUGGAGCUGUUCGUUGCGGAAAUCCCCGAUCACAUCGUCCAGCUCUUGCAGAAGCACAGCUGCGCCACCCGCCCCGGCGAAAUCGAGAUGGACCUCCACGCGUUGGACGACGCUGCUGCUGUCGAGUUACAGGAGCAGGUUGACAAGUUCGCUCGAGAGAGGAGGUCGGCGAAUCCGUCGCCCCAAGAACGCCACCAAGACGGCCCUGAGGCGAUGAACGAAGAGGAGGACGAAGAAGUUGACAUCUGUGGCGGCGUCUCCCCCUUGGUGAUCGUGCCGCAACCUCUGCUGCAAGAACGCCACCAAGACGGCCCUGAGGUGAUGGCCGAAGAGGAAGAGGAGGAAGAAGUUGACAUCUGCGGUGGCGUCUCCCCAUUACCGAUCGUGCCGGCACCUCUGCUGCUCGUCGAAGAUGAAACAGCCAGCGGCAGCCCAAGCUCCAGCAGCAGCAGCAGCAGUUCAGAUACUGAUUCCAGCGACAGCGAUUCAGACACUGAUUCCGGCAGCAGCGACUCGGGUUCAGAGCACUCCGGCGGCAGUGACUCAGAUUCUGAUUCUGACGAGAUCGUCGACAGUCCAGCACCGGCCAUCACGCCUCCAACAUGUGAGCAGCUCGCCCGUGCUCUGGAAAGGCAGCGAAAGGAGGCCACGUCCCGGGCGAGGGAGAAGGCCCGUCAGGAGCUGCUCCACAUGGAGAAGACGGCAAUGCCCGACGAUACCCUACACCGAGAGGAUCUGAAGAGGCUCGGCAUUGAUGAGUACAACACGGCGAAGCCCAGCAACUUGUUGCGGCAGAUUGGGCUCUACCUCAAGGUUGACGAAGACUGGAAGCAGCAACGCCGUCAAAGCUUCCACGAGGAUUUAGAGGAAGGCGAGAUUCGGUCGUGAUCGUCGUUGCUAGCAAGGUCCUAUAACAAGUGAUGCUGUUGCUGAUGGCUUGAUGCCUCACACAAAACUUGUAGCUCUCUUUUGUAGAUUGUAUGUGUGCUGAACAUGAUUGGAUAUACGAAAGUACAUGAUCAAUUACACUGAGUAUCAAUUAAA